CACAACAAACAUGGCGGAUGCCUGUGCUUCCACGACUCUAGCGACAGUUUCACUGAUAUGUUUUGCAUUACUGGCAGGGUUUUACUUGACCAGUUUAAAUGCACUAUGGACACUGGUCUCCGUUACUGUUACUCUCGUGUUGGGGUCCCAGUUACUGUGGAAGUUACGGAGAAGAGAUGCGUUGACGGAGCGGCGUGUAUGUGUGCUGGUACUGGGGGAUAUCGGACGCAGCCCUCGCAUGCAGUACCAUGCCCUUUCGCUCAGCAAACACGGCUACAGCGUGACGUUUGUUGGAUUCCCUGGUACCAAGCCUCAUCAGGAUGUGAUUGGAGAUGAGAGGAUCACGAUCAUCCCAAUCGCGGAAGUUAAAGGACUCCAAGUGGGUCCUAGGAUGGUGAGCUAUGUUACCAAGGUGAUUCUCCAGUCCCUGCAGCUUCUCCUGGUGUUGUUGAAGACUGACGUCCAGUCCCAUAUUCUCAUGCAGAACCCUCCAGGACUGCCCGGUAUAGUGGUGACAUGGCUGGUGUGUGGUCUGAGAGGAACCAGGUUCAUCAUUGACUGGCACAACUACGGCUACACCAUCAUGGGCCUCUCACACGGCCCCGACCACCCCAUCGUCAGGCUGGCACAGUGGUAUGAGCGUUUGUUUGGGCGAUUCUCCAGCCAUAACCUUUGUGUCACCAACGCUAUGAAGGAAGACCUUCAGAACAACUGGAACAUCAAGGCGACCACAUUGUAUGACAAGCCACCUGCUAUCUUCAAGGAGACUCCAGUGGAUCUACAGCACCAGCUGUUCAUGAGGCUGGCCAAGACUAACCCUCAGUUCCAGGUCUGUGGUGAGCCCCCUGGUGGUGAGACAGAGAGGACAGUGUUUACAGGUCGUGACCCAAGUGACCUUUCUGUGACCUUGACCUCUGGUCGACCUGCCCUACUGAUCAGCAGCACCAGCUGGACCGAGGAUGAGGACUUCUCCAUUCUGCUGAAGGCUCUGGAAGACUACGAGGGGUUUGUGAAAGCAGGAGCUUCUCUUCCCUCGCUGGUCUGCGUCAUCACAGGUAACUAUAGUGUUGACAGUGUACUGCUGCUGGUCUGCGUCAUCACAGGUAACUAUAGUGUUGACAGUGUACUGCUGCUGGUCUGCGUCAUCACAGGUAACUAUAGUGUUGACAGUGUACUGCUGCAGGUCUGUGUCAUCACAGGUAACUAUAGUGUUGACAGUGUACUGCUGCAGGUCUGUGUCAUCACAGGUAACUAUAGUGUUGACAGUGUACUGCUGCAGGUCUGUGUCAUCACAGGUAACUAUAGUGUUGACAGUGUACUGCUGCAGGUCUGUGUCAUCACAGGUAACUAUAGUGUUGACAGUGUACUGCUGCUGGUCUGCGUCAUCACAGGUAACUAUAGUGUUGACAGUGUACUGCUGCAGGUCUGUGUCAUCACAGGUAACUAUAGUGUUGACAGUGUACUGCUGCAGGUCUGUGUCAUCACAGGUAACUAUAGUGUUGACAGUGUACUGCUGCAGGUCUGUGUCAUCACAGGUAACUAUAGUGUUGACAGUGUAAUGCUGCAGGUCUGUGUCAUCACAGGUAACUAUAGUGUUGACAGUGUACUGCUGCAGGUCUGUGUCAUCACAGGUAACUAUAGUGUUGACAGUGUAAUGCUGCAGGUCUGUGUCAUCACAGGUAACUAUAGUGUUGACAGUGUAAUGCUGCAGGUCUGUGUCAUCACAGGUAACUAUAGUGUUGACAGUGUACUGCUGCAGGUCUGUGUCAUCACAGGUAACUAUAGUGUUGACAGUGUACUGCUGCAGGUCUGUGUCAUCACAGGUAACUAUAGUGUUGACAGUGUAAUGCUGCAGGUCUGUGUCAUCACAGGUAACUAUAGUGUUGACAGUGUCCUGCUGCUGGUCUGUGUCAUCACAGGUAACUAUAGUGUUGACAGUGUAAUGCUGCAGGUCUGUGUCAUCACAGGUAACUAUAGUGUUGACAGUGUAAUGCUGCAGGUCUGUGUCAUCACAGGUAACUAUAGUGUUGACAGUGUCCUGCUGCUGGUCUGUGUCAUCACAGGUAACUAUAGUGUUGACAGUGUAAUGCUGCAGGUCUGUGUCAUCACAGGUAACUAUAGUGUUGACAGUGUAAUGCUGCAGGUCUGUGUCAUCACAGGUAACUAUAGUGUUGACAGUGUACUGCUGCUGGUCUGUGUCAUCACAGGUAACUAUAGUGUUGACAGUGUAAUGCUGCAGGUCUGUGUCAUCACAGGUAACUAUAGUGUUGACAGUGUCCUGCUGCUGGUCUGUGUCAUCACAGGUAACUAUAGUGUUGACAGUGUAAUGCUGCUGGUCUGUGUGGUCUAGGCAGGAUUACUGUAAAGCGCUUUUACAUGCUGCGUCUGAUUUGGUCUUUUGACCAAUCAGAUCAGAUCUUUUGCCAAUAAUUAGGCAAAAUAUCAGAAUUGGGCUGCCUGUGUAAACGCAGCCUUUGCGUCAAAGGCUGAUGUAAAAAGGGCUUUAUGAAUAAAUGUGAUUUGAUUGAGAAGCCUCACAAAAAAUUACAUUGUCAACUAACCUAUUGUUGCUAGAUUAAACCAACUGAGAAAAACCUUUACAAGCCCUGUCAGUCCUAUACUGUUAACCCUAGAGAACGUAUUGUUUCAAUUCCCUGGGGGUGUGUGUGUGACCAGGUAAGGGUCCGCAGAAGGACCACUACAGGAAGCUGAUAGACACUCUCAGCUUUGAGCAUGUGAAGAUCUGUACUCCAUGGCUGGAGGCGGAGG